AAAAGAAAAAAAAACACACACACACAAACAUUAAUGAGAACAGCGCUCUCUUCACGAUGGUUGGUGUACGAGUUGGACCCACAAGAAAAUGAAAAAAUAGAGGCGAGUACCCCGUGUGUGGAGCAAAACAACACGAAUCAGUUUCUUUUUGUCGUUGCUCGUUGUCAUUAUAAAUGGGGUUGUUGUUCUUGCAGUACACACAUUAAAAGAUGUGCGCCGCGCGUAGAUUUCUUCUUGUUGCCUGCCCUCAGCGGCUUCGGCUUUAUGUAUUCCAAUACUUCUUUUUCGAUGUAACUCGUUUGUAAACGAUGUGGGGGAAAAAGUGACAAAAAUAAUAUUGCUUAAAGACAAAGAAGAAGUCUAGCCUUUUGGAUGACCAUUGGCUGUAAAAUGGACCACACAACUAGCAACGCCGACAAAAUUGGAGUGUGCCGCCACUGAUUGCCUCAUACUUGAAAAGCCAACGCCGCCAUCGAAAAAAUAGUUCGGCUUCUUUGUCUGUGCAUUGGUGUUAUUUUUCUUAUUUUUCUCUAUAUUUGUGGAAAUGGAUGGGAUUAAGGGAAAAUUUAUGGACCUAUUGCACAAACAGGCAAAUCGACAAAUGAUACCAGCCAUGGGCUUUUCAGAUUACUUCAUACAAAAUGUUACUGAAAACAAAUCCGCCGAUGCAACUUCUUCGAGGAAAAAGGCCAGUGGCGAAGAUGGUGGUGGUGGAAUUGCUGAUGAAUGCGAUUCAUCAGAAGCCAGUAGUUCCCAGAAAUCCGAUCAAGAAAUAUUGGAGAGCAUAACAGACAUUUACUUCCAGCCAGACAGUAAUGCAGACAUGUAUGAAUUGCAGAAAGUCUUGGCAAAUGGCGUUGAUUAUGGCCUAAUUGAAACAACCAUGAUGCAACUGCGUACCCAACACAAAGUAUUAUCCAAACAAGUAUUGCAAAACAUAUUGGAACAGCGAAGUGCCUGCAAUGUUGAAUUUACCGCCAUCAACGAAAUCCAAAAGGAAUUGGAGGAAUCUCUAUGGACAUGUCGCAAGGCCCGUUCGUACUUAAAUUAUGCCAAACAAAAUUUAACCACAACUAGUCUGGAAAUAUUGGCUUCCUAUCGUAAACGCGAGAUACUUAAAGAGUUGCUCAAUACACUGCAGGCCAUCAAGAAGUUGAAAUCUACCGAUGUCGAAGUUCAAAAACUUUUGUCAGACUGCAACUAUUCCGGAGCAAUAUCAUUGUUACUUAGCUGUAAAGAUUCCGCCGAUGAAUUUAUGCAAUAUAAUUGCGUUCAAUCGUUGAAUAAAAAACUACAAGAGACUCUGCUACUGACCGAAUUUCAAUUGGAUACAGUUUUGAAUGAGAUGAUACUUAACUUUGAUAUGCGUAAAUAUUCAAAACUUCAGGAGGCAUACAAGCUGCUAAAUAAAUCCCUGAUUGCCAUGGAUCAGCUCCACAUAAAUUUCAUAUCGGCCAUACAUUCCUCGGUAAACUCCGUUCUGCGCGGCUAUAAUGAUCCAAAUAUUGAUGAUAAUUUCAAGUUACUCUACGAACAACUGUGCGAGCAGGUUGAGGCGGACAAAUACAUUUCUUGUUUGAUAAGUUUGUGCAAAACCGUCUGGACAAUUUUAUCAUCAUAUUAUCAAAUUGUUAUAUGGCAUCAAAACUAUAAACUCUAUCCGUUGGAUAUGCCCGAGUCGCCUGACAAUUAUAUUCAGGAAAAACUCAAAAAAGGACAAUCACGUAUAUGGAAUGAUAUUCUAACAAAAAUUUGUAUAUUUUUACAAAGUUCCAAAUUGCGUACCUUGAAAUAUGAUCAGUUCAUUCAAGUUCUCAGCAUUAUACAAAGGCUGAAGAAAGUCGGUCAGGAAUUUUGUGGUGAAAAUUCAGAGAAAUUAAUUGAAACAAUGCAGCUGCAAAGUGAGGAGUUUUUUCAACGCUAUCAUGUUUGUUGUUUAGAGGAGAUUUGUCUGUUUUUGGACAACGAAUCGUGGACAGUGGUGGAUUCCUUUGCCAACAUACUACAGCUGCCGGAAUUCCGUUCAAUACGCCAUUCCUUGAGACGUCAUAAAACCCCACCAGGCUUAAUGGUUACCACGAAUACAUUGUCUGUUAACAAUUCUCCUACCAGCAACAAUAAUUGUGAUGAAUUGGUUUCGGUACACUCACAAGACGGUGGCAGUUCCAUUUAUGGUUCCUAUGGUUAUUUCUUACGUUUCAGUGAGAAAAGUUCCCCCUUUGAUGGUGGCCUUGAUGUUGCCAUGUUAGAAGAAGAUAUUCUGUCGGGCGUUGUUGAUGAGGCCUCUUGUUAUUUCAGUGAAGAGGACGCGGAGGAAAGCGAUGAUGAUCACAAAAGUUUACAAAGUAAAGAUUUUUGUGAUGAUUCUCCAGGCGCAGCUAAUGGCCAACAAUUGAUUGUAAAUAAUACUACAUUGAAUGUUUUUCGUUGUAUUGGCCGUUAUUUGCAAAUGUGUAAACUUUUACAUUGCAUUUCACCGAAAAUUGUGUCGAGUAUGCUGGAACUGAUUGAUUUCUAUGCCUAUGCUGUACAUGAAAUAUUUGCUAAAGAUUCGCCCGUACAAAUGGAAACUUUGUAUGCCCCGAAAUUGGAACAAAAAUUGGAGUUGGUUAGUCAAAAAGUUGUGCCAAACAUUAAGAUAUGGCCUCUAAAUUUUUCAUCAUUGAUCAAUAAUGAACUGGCAAAUCCUGAUACAUUAUAUGGCCUGUCGCAGCGUAUUGUGGCCACCGAAAGUGGACAUUGUAUGACACAACAAUUUCAAAUUUUACAAAGUUAUCUCAAUCAUUUGCUACCCAUAUCGGAGAGACCUAUGCUCACGUCAUAUUUUCAAUACAUACGGUUUAUGAAUGAUUUGGCCAAACCUGUAUAUACAUGUGUUACCUCGCGAGUUUUUGAUUUACCAGCUAUUCUGGCAAUGAUGGCCAAGGUGAAAUGGGAUGUGAAUCAUGUUAGUUUUCAACACAAUGGCUAUAUUGAUAUCAUGAAUAGGAAUAUACAAAAUUUUGCCAUGCGUCUGGAAGAAAUCGCCAAGGACAUAAACAUACCCAUGGAACCGGUUUGGAAUUCGGUGGCCCAUGUGGCCACACAUUUGUUGGUUGAGGGUUUCUCCAAUGUCAAAAAAUGUUCCGCCGGUGGUCGAGCCCUAAUGCAAUUGGAUUUUACAAAUUUCAUGUCCAUUCUAGAAUUGAUUUCAAAUCAAAAAUUCCCCGAACAUCGUCAAUAUGUUGAUAUCUACAUAAAGGCAUACUAUUUCGCCAAUGAACAAUUUGAGGAGUGGAUUUUGGAACAAAAGCAACAAGAACCAGCUCAAUACUCGACGAAGCAGCUAAUGAAUCUCAUACAGUGUGUAUGUGUAAGUGAUAAGAAAGUCAGACAGAAACUACUUAAUCUUUUGGGAAGUAGUAGUAGCAGUACAACAAAUGGUGGCUCCAAUUUAAAUAUAAGCUUAUCAAAUAUUACAACACCAAAUGCGGCAGCCAAUGCAACAGCUUCCACGACAACAUCCACGGCCUCAUCAUAAUAAAUUGCAGCUGCUUUGCGGCUACCUGCACUGGAUACAAUUGCACAAACUUUUUCUUCUCGCCCAGAAGAUGGGAAGGGCAAAGAGUAGAGCCUAUAUUUUCGAACGAACAAAACAACCAAGACAUUCACGAGAUACACAUACAGAAACACUCACAAGGGAGUGUGUAUGUGUCGGUUUUAUAGUUAAUUAUUUUUUUUAUUAGUUAAAUAGUUUUUUAGAAAUUUAUUAUGAACAACAUUCCACAUUUGAUACAAAUUUGUUUAUAUCGAAUAGUAAUUAUUAUUAUUUUUAUUUUAUUAGGUUUUUUAAUACCCUUUACCAUGGUACAAUGAUAUCAAGGUAGGGCAAAACUACCAUAUGAUUUUAAUUUUUUUUAUUUUCUUGGCUUAAUAUGUCAUCUUUUUUUGUUUAUGUAUGUGUUUUCUUUUCAAUAACAAAAAAAUUGUUCAGAAAACAUUCAAAUUCGGGUGUUUUCAAAAUGUUUAUUUCAACGUAUGUAUCGACAAAAUCUAGAGUUUUUGUAGCGAAAUAAUCUUUUAGAGACAUAUAGUACAUGAUUUUGAAAAGAAGUGUUGACCUUUCAUUCAAUUAUCGCGUUUUUCAAUUAUUUAUUCAAAAUAAAUGCAACAAGUUGUUUGAUUUUGUUAUUGUUUUGAUACUAAUUCUGACAUUACAAGCCAAACAGGUAGACCUCUAUACUUGCAAUUUUUUCAAAGUUGACCUACCUUCUCUUCUUUGUACCAUGCCCUUUACUAUGUAUUUAUUAUUAUUGUUCUUACUUUUCCCCUAUUGGAUCUCUGUUUUGAAUCUCUCUAUUUUGGCCUAUUGUAAAUCUCAUUAACUUAUUUAUCUCAAAAUUACUUCAAUCUGUAUUAUUGUUUUUAUAACAUUUCUAACAAUUGUAGAACUAGAUUUACCAUUAACUUUUUGAAAAUAUGUAAAAGUUCUCUGUAGGGGGAAUUCAUCAUUCAUUUUUUGGGCCACAAAACUUUGGUACUCUGACCCCCAAUACAUGAGGGUAAAAUCAAAUUUAUUUCAGAAAUUUUUCCAUUUGCUGUGGCGCUACCCUCAAAAGUGAAUUUGAAAAUGUUUCAAAUCUAGUUGUAAAAAAAUCCAAAAUGUAUAUCUUCAUACCAUACCACCACUCUAAGCUCUCUCUCUCUUUAUUCUCUAUACAUUUUACUUAAUUAUGUGAUCUUUUUUUUAUAAAUACAAAAGAAAUCUCUUUUUUAAAUGGGAAUCUAUGUUUCCAAGUUCUCUUCUUGGGAACAGACAAAAUUCUUGUAUGGAAACUACGGAUUUCCUUAAGUGUACCUUAUUUAAAUUAUUUGUUUAUUUUUCAUUUUUUUUAAGAAUUGUUUUAAGAAAUUAAGCAAACGGACAAAUAAUAUUAGCAAACUUUUAAGUAAUAAUUGCAAACAUAUAACAAAUAUUAUUACUCUAAAAAAAAAAGAAAAACAAAUUAACUAUUCAUAAAAAUACAGAUAGAAGAGCUUUAAAAGGAGUCUUCUAACAAAAAAAAAAAAAAUAAAUAAAUAAAUUGAUAAAAAAUAAAAUAAAAAUAAACUAUUGAAUGGAGAAAAUGUUUCGAAAUUUAAAAGGGGUCUUCUGAAAAAAAAAUCAUUUCAAGAAUUUUGAAUGGAGAAAAUUUUUCAAAUUUUAAAAAUUUAUUAUAUAUUCAAAUAUACUUUCUAAGUUAUAGUUUAAAUAUUAAAAUAGGUGAAAACAAAAAACUCGCAAUUUUUCGUUUGAAACCCCACCUUGUGUAUACAAAGGUUAUUGGCCCCUUUUAAAACUCUUCUAUCCAAUUAAAAUCUUUAUUGUAUUAUGUGCGGUAUAAAAGACAAUUAAAUAAUGUAAUAAUUUUGAAAAAGAAAAAAAUAUAGACAUAUAUUUUAUGAAGGAAUAAUCUUAUAAUAAAGCAAAACAACUACUA